AUGGAUUGCUGUCGAAGUGAAGAGAGUUGUGUCGAGAGAAAGAUUAACAAAAAAAUUCAAACCGAGAUUAAGAAAGACAAACGAAACUCGAGGCGACAGUUGAAGCUGUUAUUGCUGGGGACGGGAGAGUCGGGCAAAAGUACUUUCAUUAAACAAAUGAGAAUUAUUCACGAAAAAGACUUUUCCGACGACGAGAAGAGGGCUUACAUUCGUGUCAUUCAUCACAACAUAUUAUCUGCGAUGCAAUCCAUUGUGAAUGCAAUGAAACUUUUGGAUAUUCACUACAAGUCCAGUGUUUGUCAAUUGUAUUCACAACUCAUUCUAAGCGUUGACUUUGAAUUGAUGUUUGUUUUAGACAAACAUAUCGUCGAUGCCAUCAAAGAGUUGUGGACCGACUUUGGAGUUCAGCAAUGCUUUAGUCGAAGAAAUGAAUACCAAUUGACAGAUUCGGCCAAAUAUUACAUCUCAGACAUCGAUAGGAUUACUGGCAGUGAAUAUCUGCCGACACAACAGGACAUAUUGAGAGCGCGGGCGCCCACUAAUGGCAUCAAUGAAUACACGUUUGUCUACGAAUCCAUUAUCUUCCGUAUGGUAGACGUCGGCGGACAGCGGAUUACUGGCAGUGAAUAUCUGCCGACACAACAGGACAUAUUGAGAGCGCGGGCGCCCACUAAUGGCAUCAAUGAAUACACGUUUGUCUACGAAUCCAUUAUCUUCCGUAUGGUAGACGUCGGCGGACAGCGGUCUGAACGUCGCAAAUGGAUCCACUGCUUCGAGAGCGUCACAUCCAUUAUCUUCAUUUGUGCGAUCAGUGAAUUCGAUCAGAUCUUAAGAGACGGAUCCAAUGAUAACCGCCUUCAAGAAAGUAAAGCUCUAUUCAAGACAAUUGUCACGUGCGAGUGGUUCCACAACUCGUCGGUAAUCCUAUUCUUCAACAAAUAUGACUUAUUUGAGGAGAAGAUCUGUUCGGCCACUCAUUUGGUGGACUUCUUC